CAUUUAAAUCCAUUACCAAACACAUAACUACUUCAAAUCCCUCUGGCCUCUGUACUGCAUUUUCUCUCUCCGCUCAACAAUGGAGUCAACUCUCUCACCAGCAUCUACUCUACUGACCCUCUCAAAAACUUUGAGAUCAUCCACUACCUACCCUUCCAUUUCCUCUCUCCUCCAUUUACGCCGCCUCUCCACCUCUAAUCCUCUCUUGAAUCGCUCUACAACCAACCGAAUCCUCACUCGCCGACUCGCCGCCGCCAUUGAUGUCUCGAAAUCCAUUUCAACUCGAGGUUUCUGUUCUCCGGUACGCUGUGCUUCGGCUUCGUUUUCAGCUGGUGGCGGCGGAGGAAUUGGCGGAGGAAACAACGGCGGAGGUGGCGGAGGAGGUGAUGGAUCGGAAGGUGGAGUUUCGAAGGUUGCGGCUGCUGCUGCUGAGGAUGUCUCAUCGCUUUCGCCUGAUGCAAUCGUACUUGACGUUGCGGGGAUGACUUGUGGCGGUUGUGCUGCUAAAGUGAAGAAAAUACUCGAAAAUCAAUCUCAGGUUUCUUCUGCAAGUGUCAACCUUGCAACGGAGACUGCAAUUGUCUGGCCUGUAUCGGGUGCCAAGGAUGUGCCGAAUUGGCAAAAAGAGUUAGGAGAGAUGCUUGCUAAACAUUUGACGAACUGUGGAUUUGAUUCUAACCUUCGAGAUCUUGGAAGGGAAAAUGUGUUUCAAGUUUUUGAGAGGAAGAUGGAUCAAAAGCGCAACAAACUGAAAGAAAGUGGUCGCGACCUUGCAGUAUCUUGGGCUUUAUGUGCUGUGUGUAUGUUUGGUCACCUGUCUCAUUUCAUCUGGGCAAAAGCUUCAUGGAUCCAUGUGUUUCACUCAACAGGCUUCCAUUUAUCAUUGUCUCUAUUCACAUUACUUGGACCUGGACGGCAACUAAUUGUUGAUGGUCUGAAGAGUUUCUUCAGAGGUGCCCCCAACAUGAACACGUUAGUUGGACUUGGGGCUAUAUCAUCAUUUACUGUUAGCUCGUUGGCUGCUUUUAUCCCGAAAUUGGGAUGGAAGGCAUUUUUUGAGGAGCCGAUAAUGUUGAUAGCCUUUGUCUUACUUGGAAGAAAUCUUGAACAAAGGGCCAAAAUUAAAGCUGCUAGUGAUAUGACCAGCCUUUUGAGUCUUUUACCCUCAAAGGCUCGUCUGUUGGUCAAUAUUGCUGAAGAUACUGUGUCAACUGUUGAAGUUCCUUGUAGCAGCCUGUCAGUUGGGGACAAGAUCGUGGUGCUGCCAGGAGACCGUGUGCCAGCUGAUGGAAUUGUCAGGGCUGGUAGGAGUACAGUUGACGAAUCAAGUUUUUCCGGAGAACCUUUGCCGGUGACAAAACUGCCUGGGGCUGAAGUUUCUGCUGGAAGUAUAAACCUUAAUGGGACGCUUACCAUUGAAGUUCAAAGGUCUGGAGGUGAAACGACAAUGGGUGACAUUGUUCGUUUAGUGGAGGAAGCACAAAGUAGGGAAGCUCCUGUUCAGCGUUUGGCUGACAAAGUGGCUGGGCGGUUCACUUAUGGUGUAAUGGCAUUGUCUGCUGCUACAUUCAUGUUUUGGACCCUUUUUGGCUCUCGCAUUUUGCCAUCUGUCAUAUCAGGGGGGAGUUCAGUUUCAAUCGCACUUCAGCUCUCUUGCAGUGUUCUGGUUGUGGCUUGUCCAUGUGCUCUUGGUCUUGCAACUCCCACUGCUGUGCUUGUUGGAACUUCACUUGGUGCGAAGAGGGGAUUGCUCUUGCGAGGUGGAGAUGUCUUGGAGAAAUUUUCGUUGGCCAAUGUCGUUGUGUUUGACAAGACCGGGACUUUGACCAUUGGGAAACCUGUUGUGAUGAAAGUUGUCACUCAUGAAAAUGAAAGUUUAAGUAAUUCACUGUCAGAUAAUAACUCAAUGCACUUGUCAGAGGCUGAGGUAUUGAAACUAGCUGCUAGUGUCGAGUCAAAUACUAUCCAUCCAGUUGGAAAAGCUAUAGUGGAAGCUGCGCGAUCUAUUGGUUGCCAGACAUUCAAAGCUGCUGAUGGUACCUUCAUGGAGGAGCCAGGGUCUGGUGCAGUGGCAACCAUUGAGGAUAGAAGGGUUGCUGUUGGGACAUUAGAGUGGCUUCAAAGGCAUGGUGUUGAUAAAAACCCGCUCCAAGGGUUAGAGGAUCAAAGCAAUAGUCAAUCAGUUGUUUACGUUGGAGUAGAUGGAAAUCUUGCUGGCCUUAUUUACAUAGAAGAUCAAAUAAGAGAAGAUGCCAAGAAUGUUGUUCAAUCUUUAGUUAAGCAAGGUAUAGAUGUUUACAUGCUAUCAGGUGAUAAAAGACAAACUGCGGAACAUGUUGCCUCUAUUGUCGGUAUCCCUAAGGACAAGGUCUUCUCUGGAGUUAAGCCCGAUCAAAAGAAGAACUUCAUCAGUCAACUCCAGAAUGAUAAGAAAAUUGUGGCAAUGGUUGGAGAUGGAAUCAAUGAUGCUGCUGCCCUUGCUUCAUCACACGUUGGGGUUGCCAUGGGCGGUGGUGUUGGAGCUGCAAGUGAGGCAUCUUCUAUUGUGCUUAUGGGGAACAAGCUUACCCAAGUACUUGAUGCGUUGGAGCUCAGCAAAUUGACCAUGAAAACUAUAAAACAAAACCUAUGGUGGGCGUUUGGAUACAACAUUAUUGGACUCCCUAUUGCUGCAGGGAUGUUGCUUCCUGCUACAGGGGUGAUGCUCACUCCUUCAAUUGCCGGUGCCCUAAUGGGUUUGAGCUCAAUUGGGGUCGUGACUAAUUCGUUGCUUCUCAGAAUAAGAUUUUCAUCGAAACAGAUGUACGGAUCAGAUUUUUCUUCCAACUGUAAAGAUCAAUCUGUUCUUGAAGUUCUAGUGGAUCCGAAAGAGAAGUUGGAAACUCCGUUCUCUGAUUCUAGAUUGAAAAACGCGUCUUGAUGGUAAGGGAAGUUGGUCACAUGAAUCCUCCCAGAAACAAAAGAACUUGAAAGACAAUCCCUCUGCCAUUGUUUUAUAACUUCAACCACUUCGUCAUGUAAGGCCGUAAGGGACACUACCGUAAUGUCAUGAUAAGAAGACCUUGCGGUCAUCAGCCGUGGAAUUGCUUUGAUCCUUUGAGAUGCUGGGUAAGCCUGCGGGUUUCAUUCACAGUAAAAUAGGUAAUUUCAUUAUAUAAAGUGGACCUCUGGAUAUGCCUUUCACCUCCUUCAUCCAUUAGUAAUUUUCUACUUUGCCUCGUUUCAGCUGAAAGAACCAUCAGAUGGAUGUCUAUUGAAUCAGUGGGCACAGUGAUUAACAAUUUGUUACUAUGAAUCACAUUAUACCUAAGGAGUUGGUGGGUAUACUGUAUAUUUUGAAUGAUGCUCCAAGAAUAAAUUGCGAAAGAUAAUAAAGUUCCUUCUUCAAUCAUGCUA